UCUGGGUCGACAGUGUGUUCCAUCAGAAGCCUUUAAUGAAAGGUCACCAUUUUGGCGCCUGCAUGGCCUGUCCGAGGAUGAUGUCAGGAAAGUUAUGGCAAGAACAGUUUGUGCCAAGUCUGCCUUUGAGCUGUGGGGUCAUGGAAGAACAGUGGCAGAGCUGAAGACGUCACUACUGCAGUACCCUGUUGAAAACAUGACUCCCUUCCUACAACAAGAAUCAACAUACAAGAUUAAUGUCUACACCUUCAACAAGACGUUACUGUUUAAAGACAGAAUCGAGAAGAUUGAUGCACUGAACUUCCUGCCAUUUCAAGGAAAAGUCAGUCUCAAGGAUCCUGAUCACAUUUUCUGCUUGUUGGAAGAUUAUGGACUGGAUCCUAAUAACAUUCCGGACGAGCCAUUAUCCAUGUAUUUUGGGAGAUGGAUUGCAGAUGGACAGAGGGAACUGAUCCGCUCUCACAGUGUAAAGAAGAGACAUUUCAUCGGAAACACCAGCAUGGAUGCAGGCCUGUCAUUCAUAAUGGCUAACCAUGCCAAAGUAAAGUCUCAUGAUCUGGUCUAUGAUCCUUUUGUUGGAACAGGUAGCCUUUUGGUUGCAUGCUCCCACUUUGGUGCUUAUGUGUGUGGAACAGACAUUGAUUACAACACCAUCCAUGGAGUGGGUAAGGCGAGUAGAAAGAAUCAGAAAUGGCGAGGACCGGAUGAGAAUAUCCGGGCAAAUCUGCGGCAGUAUGGAACAGAGAGCUUUUAUGUGGACGUCAUGGUCUCUGAUGCCUCAAAUCCUGUAUGGAGAAAGCAGGCUCUGUUUGAUGCCAUCAUCACAGACCCUCCAUAUGGCAUUCGGGAGUCAACAAGAAGGACAGGUUCUCACAAACAAACCACAACUCCACCCGAUAACUUUUCUGGUGAGAGUCAUGUCGCCGUUUCCAUGGCGUAUCAUCUAAGUGACAUCUUUGCCGACCUGCUGAAUUUUGCAGCCCGGCACUUGGUCCUUGGAGGACGCCUGGUCUACUGGCUUCCUGUUUACAGUCCAGAGUACUGUGAAGAGAUGGUGCCAUUACACCCCUGCCUUAUCCUCAUCAGCAACUGUGAACAGAUCCUGUCCAGCCACACAUCUCGCAGACUCAUCACCAUGGAGAAAAGCAAGGAGACAGAGGAGUCCGAUACACUUGCGCAUUUAGCAGACCCACGCUUCACGCCGUACCAGGGCCAUAACUCAUUUAGAGACAAGUACUUCUGUGGCAUCACCAAGAAAAAUGGAAAAUCUAAUGACGGGACCACGCCACACACAGGAGAAUGAGUAACAAAACUAAGGUCCUGUCCAUUUUAUCAGC